UACAUGUUAUAAGUGGGAUUCGCAGUGAAAGUAAAAGUUAGUCACAGAACUGCUGUGGCAACAGGUCGUAGCGCAGUGAGGACGGCCUCACCGGUCGUGGCUUACUUUGCAAACAUGUUUUAGAUCUCCACAGAGCUGUCAGAUGGAUCUGGGUUCCCUCUUAUUCUCUCUCUGCAUUAUGAUGAUCUGUCUGCUCGGAGCUGCGCGCUGCUCCAGCCACGACCAAAUCAAAUGCUGCCCAGAAAUUCUUCAAUUGCCUCAAACUGAACCUCCACCAGUGAACUGCUUACCAAUUAACAGCACUUUUCGCUACAAGUGUAUAGAAGGUUACCUGAGGAAAGUCGGAACCUCAAAUCUCAUCAGAUGCAAGCAAAUUAAGAAUGCGUCCCCAGAGUGGUCAAAACCCUCACUCAAGUGCAUACCUGACCCAAUGAGAACCACAACACAGCCACCAAAGACCACAGUAACAAAGGGUCACACUGAAAUUCCCCAUGACUCCAUUGUUACCACCACAGUCACAAUGGCCUCCAUCAGCCCAAAGAUAACCCAGAGUAUAAGCACCUCAGCUUCAGUGACUGCAGAAACAUACAGCACAAAGCCAACCUCAACUGUCCAACAGGACCCUACAAGUCACUCGCAGGCAGCAGCAGUCUCCAUCAGCCCAAAGAUGACCCGGGGGAUAAGGAUUUCCGCUUCAGUGACUGCAGAAACAGACAGCACAAAGCCAACCUCAUUGCCAUCCUCAUCAACGGCGGGGAUCGCAGGUGGCUCACUGGUGAUCUUCUGUGCUUUAAUCGGAAUCAGCUUCUUGUGUUAUAGAAGUCGGAGGUCAAAAAACAACUUCCCACCGCAUGCAGCAGAAGAACAGUUCCCCAUGAAUCAUGAUCCAUCUGCACUGGUGUCGUAGACUUUGUUCCCUGUGACCUGCCACUGGAGCUGAAGGAAUGAGGAAUGGGUCACUACUUCCACAGAUUGUGUGAUUGCCUCUAUCUGGCAACCCAUUUGAUGUUCUGUGAACAUUACCAGAAAACAUAAUGGCUGGCCUGAUGUGACAUUUGUUGUUUGCACAUUUCCAAGAAUUUGAACUUACAACCUUUUUCUGAGCAGAUCGCAACGCUUGUACCCAAAUAUUUGAACUGCACAUAAGGAACUUGAAGUUUGAACAACCCUUCACCUGGUGCCACAACAGGUGGUGCUUUUUUUGAAGUAUGGUGAUAUUCUAUAUUUUUCUUAUCGUCAUCAAAUCCUAUGAAAAUACCAAAACCAACAAUGAAUUAAUCAUUCCAACAAGAAUUGCCUGUUUAGCCAAAUUCAAUAUAUAUCUCAUAGCUCUAUUGUCUAAAAACUAUUUAAAGAACAUCAAUGGGCCUCACCUUUACCCUGGGUGACCUGUUCCUUCAUCACAAUGAACAUGGAUACUGUAGUUUAUAUGAGCCGGCAAAAGAUUCAAGUACACCAUUUAAUUACAUUUGUCAGAGGCGUAACUAAAAAAAAAAAAGAACAAACUCUGAACAAAAAAACAAAAAUAAAUAUUGUUUGCAGCAACUUCUUUUAUUCUUCAGCAUGGCAUUUAUGAUUUUUGGAAGGUCAGCAGGCUAGCUAAGUACCUACUUAAAGAGCCAAAGGCUAGUAUGACUAGUUGUAAACUAAGCUAGGCUAAUUAGCAAACAUACAGUGCAUCCGGAAAGUAUUCACAGCGCUUCACUUUUUCCACAUUUUUUUAUGUUACAAAAUCUGUUAGCAGCUGGUACUGAGCCAGAGGCACUGACUAAUGUCAAUACUUACGUGUGUCCAACCAAAAUCCAAAAACGCAUUUUGUCACUUCACCCCAUUAACGGGGUCAGGUAGUUUUAUCUUAUCUCCUGAGAUUUUAAGAUAUCCGGCUCUGAAACUUUUGCCGCCAUUUCAGUACAAUCGGGAUGAAUGGGAUUUUGUUUGUGCUGCUGAAAGCACUAAAAGAAAUACAUUUGAAAAACUCAACAGCAAGGUGUCUUUCCAAAUACAAUGUCUCGGGUAACCAGGGUAGACCCUGGAUGACCAGCUCUCCCACCAGAGCUACUUCCUUGAAUCUAACUCCAACAGACAGCUGUUGCAACAGGUGGUCAUUAUGUUGUAAUGGUUUAAUGAAAAACACCAGUUCAUGUUGUUCAGGCCUCUGGCCAGAAUUUAAUCACCAUGGUGUAAAACUACGCAGUCUAAAAAUACUGGAAUAAGUGUAGAAAAAUGUUGUUAAUUAUAGAAAAGAAAAUGUCCCCAGCUUGUUGAAAACCCCCAAAUUCUAAAAAAAACCUUCCUUGAUAUUUUGUUAUCAGCUAUAACUGCUCAGCAGUGGAUGUUGGUGAGAAGAACCACCCCCGUCAGUGGUUAGAGCAAUGUCUUGACGUCAAUCUCCAAACGAAAUACUUUAACAAUUUAGAUACUGGCCAUGAUUACAGUAGCAUAAUGGAUGUUCAUGCAAAAGGAAGUUAACACCCACUUCCCCUGAUAACUGAUAAAAGGGCUGCAUUUAUAUCAAUCCAUUUUAUUUUGUGUAUGUAACACUUUUUUAGCCUACUGACCGCUCAAAGUAUUUUGCAACACAUGCCAACAUUCAUACACGGGUGCAUACAAGGUGCCAACCUGCUCUUCAGGAGCAGUUAGGGGUUUAGUGUCUUGUUCAAGGACACUUCCGAUUACUAGACACUAGCCACUUUACCUCCUGAGCCGUGCCGCCCCUGUCUAAAUUUAAAUGAGUCACUUAGUUUGUUGUGGAUAGUGUCUCACAAAUGGAAUCUUCCUCUUUAUGAAUUCGUCUCCCCAUGAUGUAAAGUAUAAACCCUGUUAGCAAUUCUUGGCUUUUAGCAACUAGCUGUAUUCAGCAUAGAUACGAUGUAUGACACAAGUAAAGCUUUUAUAUGAGGUGUUUCAAUGUAUUAUAAAUCACUGUUACUAAAAUAUAUAUCAUUUCCAGACAUGUCAGAUAUGUAUGGACAAUUGUAUAUUUAAUAGUUGUUUUUUUAAUUCAAGCAUGUUUUGUUUUUUAUCAGUGUUGUUAUGCAUGCCUACUUGUGAAUUUCAGUGUUUUCCCAGUUUUAUAAUGGUCAUCCCUCUUGUCUUAUUCCAGUAUUUCUUGUUGCUCUCCACUGUCCACCUUUGUAUGAGAAUUAAAAAUAUUCUGAAGCAUUCAAGUGAAAA